GCCAAGUAAAAUAAAAACCCACGGUCGAUUGUUUAUACGUGUUAAUAGUGUGCGAACUUUGGCUUUUAAAUACAAAUAUAGUAUAAUAAACAUUUUAAGAAAUUUUAAACUUUGUACAUUUUUUUUGUUGUUGAUUUCUGUUUUAUAGCUUUUUCGAAAAAUUCGUAAAAAAAAGAACUCGCGUUUACAAUCUUUUCCAUCAUUUGUUGUAUAAAAGCUAUUUAAACUCAUCAUAAUUUAUUAACUACCGAAAUUGUUUAUUAUUCCUUAAAAAGAGUAAAAUCAUAUUAUUAAAAGAAAAUGUCAGCAAAGGCUAUUACUGAAGCCACAGGCAAGGAUAUUUUAAAUCGCCAUUUAAACGACAAUGGCGCUGGAGUACAAACAUGCCGUUUUGCAACGGUCAAUAUGAAAACUGAUUGGUCCAAAUUGGCUGCUGAACAACCCUGGCUAUUGAAUACGCCCUUGGUGGUGAAACCCGAUCAACUCAUAAAAAGACGCGGUAAAUUGGGAUUGAUUGGUGUCAAAAAGAAUUUCCAAGAAGUUCAACAAUGGAUUGCAGAACGUAUGGACAAAGAUCAGGCUAUUGGCAAUGCAGUAGGAAAAUUAAGAAAUUUUAUUAUAGAACCAUUUGUAGCACAUACAGAUGCUGAGGAAAUGUAUGUUUGUAUUUAUUCGCAUCGUUCGGCCGAUACCAUUCUUUUCUAUCAUCAAGGUGGCGUUGAUAUUGGUGAUGUUGAUGCUAAGGCCUUAAAACUGGACAUACCCGUUAAUACGGACGUCACUUUGGAAGACAUCAAUUCCAAACUAUUAACUGAAGUGCCAGCUGGCAAAAAAGAACGCAUUGCCCAGUUCAUUAUUGCUUUGUACAAAACGUUUGCCGAUUUAUAUUUCACUUAUUUGGAAAUUAAUCCUUUGGUGGUGACAGAUGACAGUAUGUAUAUAUUAGAUUUGGCGGCUAAGCUGGACUCGACCGCCGAUUUUAUAUGCCGUCCCAAAUGGGGUGAUAUCGAUUACCCACCACCCUUUGGACGUGACGCUUAUCCCGAAGAAGCUUAUAUUGCUGAUUUAGAUGCCAAAAGUGGUGCUUCAUUGAAAUUAACCAUACUUAAUAGAAAUGGUAGAAUUUGGACUAUGGUUGCGGGUGGCGGUGCUAGUGUUAUUUAUUCCGAUACAAUCUGCGAUUUGGGUGGAGCCUCCGAGUUGGCCAACUAUGGUGAAUACAGUGGUGCACCCUCUGAACAACAAACCUAUGAAUAUGCUAAAACUAUUCUGAACCUUAUGACUUCAUCGCCUAAACAUCCCGAAGGCAAAAUUUUAAUAACUGGUGGUGGUAUUGCAAACUUUACCAAUGUUGCAGCCACUUUCAGAGGCAUUAUUACAGCCCUGCGGGAAUUCCAACCAAAAUUGGUUGAGCACAAUGUGUCCAUUUUUGUGCGUCGUGCUGGGCCCAAUUAUCAAGAGGGUUUACGCAAGAUGCGCGAAUUUGGUAGCUCAUUGGGUAUUCCUCUACAUGUUUUCGGUCCCGAAACACAUAUGACUGCUAUCUGUGGCAUGGCAUUGGGUAAACGCCCCAUACCACAAACAACCAGUGCUGAAUUUUCCACUGCCAACUUUUUAUUGCCCGGUGGACAGAAUGCCCAGCCAGAAUUAAGAACCUUAACUGGAGAUGCUGGUAAUGGUUUAGGCUCACCACAACAAUCGAUUAAACUACCACCUAUCUUGGCAGAUAAUGUUAAAACCAACGAUGUGCUUGAUAGUGUGGUCAAUACAACAACACGUAAAUUCUUUACCAAGAAAACUAAAGCCAUCGUCUGGGGCAUGCAACAAAGAGCCGUACAAUCUAUGCUGGACUUUGAUUUUAUUUGCACUCGUGACGAGCCCUCUGUUGUCGCCAUGGUUUAUCCCUUCACCGGUGAUCACAAGCAAAAAUUCUACUGGGGUCACAAAGAAAUUCUUAUUCCUGUCUACAAAAAAAUGUCCGAUGCCAUUAAUAAACACAAAGACGUUGAUGUCAUGGUUAAUUUUGCUUCUCUGCGUUCGGCCUACGAAUCGACCUUGGAAGUUUUAGAUUAUCCACAAAUACGUACAGUGGCCAUUAUUGCCGAAGGUAUACCCGAAAAUAUGACACGCAAAAUGAUUGUGGCGGCCAAUAAGAAGGGUGUAGCCAUAAUUGGUCCAGCCACCGUGGGAGGCGUUAAGCCAGGCUGUUUCAAAAUUGGCAACACUGGUGGUAUGUUAGACAAUAUACUCCAUUCGAAGCUGUAUAGACCUGGCAGUGUCGCCUAUGUCUCCAGAUCCGGUGGUAUGUCCAAUGAGUUGAACAACAUCAUCUCGAAGGCAACUGAUGGCGUUUUAGAGGGCGUAGCCAUUGGUGGUGACCGUUAUCCUGGCACCACAUUUAUGGAUCACAUUAUGCGUUACCAAGCCGAUCCCGAGGCAAAACUUAUUGUGUUGUUGGGCGAAGUUGGUGGCACCGAGGAGUAUGAAGUGUGUGCUGCUCUCAAAGAUGGUCGUAUCACAAAACCUUUGGUAGCUUGGUGUAUAGGCACCUGUGCCAGUAUGUUUACCUCCGAAGUACAAUUUGGCCAUGCUGGUUCAUGUGCCAAUUCGGAUAAAGAAACAGCUUCGGCUAAAAAUAAGUCAUUAGCCGAGGCUGGUGCCUAUGUGCCCGACUCAUUUGAUUCGUUGGGUGAUUUGGUGCAACAAGUCUAUGCUGAACUUGUUAAGUCGGGUCGCAUUGUGCCACGCGAAGAAGUACCACCACCAACUGUACCCAUGGACUAUGCUUGGGCCCGAGAAUUGGGACUCAUUCGUAAGCCAGCUUCUUUCAUGACCUCGAUUUGUGACGAGAGAGGUCAAGAAUUGAUAUACGCUGGUAUGCCCAUCAGUGAAGUGCUCAACAAGGAUGUUGGUAUUGGUGGUGUAAUUUCGUUGUUGUGGUUCCAACGUUGUUUGCCUCCAUAUGUGUGCAAGUUCUUUGAAAUGUGUUUAAUGGUUACGGCCGAUCAUGGUCCAGCUGUAUCGGGUGCCCAUAACACCAUUGUCUGUGCACGUGCCGGUAAAGAUUUGGUAUCAUCGUUGGUCAGUGGUUUGCUAACAAUUGGUGAUCGCUUUGGUGGUGCUUUAGAUGGAGCUGCUCGUCAAUUCUCAGAAGCCUAUGACUCGAAUUUGCAUCCCAUGGAAUUUGUAAAUCAAAUGCGUAAAAAUGGCCAAUUAAUUAUGGGUAUUGGACAUCGUGUCAAAUCCAUCAAUAAUCCUGAUGUGCGCGUUAAGAUUAUCAAGGAAUUCGUUUUGGACAAUUUCCCAUCGUGCCCAUUGCUCAAAUAUGCUUUAGAAGUAGAAAAGAUUACAACCAGUAAGAAACCAAAUUUGAUUCUGAACGUAGAUGGUGUUAUAGCCACAUGCUUUGUGGAUAUGUUACGUAAUUGUGGUUCAUUUACAAGUGAGGAAGCUCAGGAAUAUAUAAAUAUUGGCUCCAUAAACUCUCUAUUUGUAUUGGGUCGCAGCAUAGGUUUCAUUGGUCAUUUCAUGGAUCAAAAACGUUUGAAACAGGGUCUUUACCGUCAUCCUUGGGAUGAUAUUUCCUAUGUUAUGCCCGAACAGUUUAAUUAAAUUUACUCUUAAAUACAUAUUUAAAUCCUUAGUUACAGUUCAGUCUUUAAUCAUCCUACAGUAUGUGAGGGCUUUUCUUUCGUAAUGCUAAAUUCAAAAAAAAAAACAUCACAGGCAAAAUUAAUAAUAGUUUUAUCUCCUUCUCAUUGAUAUUACGUUUAUGUUCUCCUGUUCAUACUCUUCUCAUUCCUUUUCUUUGUCAGAUUCAUUUUCUUAAAAAAAAAUAUUAAUAUACAUAUUUGUUUAUUUUUUUUUUUAUUAUUAUUUUAUUACAUUUUUAUACUUAUAAAUGGCAUUUAUUUUUUCAUUUAAUUAUUAUUUAAAUAAUUUGUUUAUUUCCUUUUCAUUUUGAUACUUAAUUGUUAAAUUACCAUUAAAUUACACAAUUGAAAUGUGUAUUUUUAUUCAACAUUCUAUAUAUGUAUGUAUAUUUAAAACAAUUAUUAAAUGUUCUAUAAAAUAAACUCUUACACUAAUUUUCAAUGAAAGUGCACUCAAAAUUUUAAUUUAGAAAAAUUGUUGUUUGUUGCUAAACGAUAUGUAUGUAAUGCACAAUGACUUUAUAUGUAUUUUGAUACAUACAUAUAUAUAAAUAUACAAUACAAAAUUAAAAAUAAUUGCAACUAUGUAUGUUUGGAGUAAUAAACUUAUAAAUAAAUUAAUUUAAAAUAAAAAAAAUAUAUAUAAAAUUUCAAAGGAAAAAGUAAAUAAAUAUAUUAAAAUAAACAAA